AUGGGUGGACGUGUCGACUGUUACCUAGACAUUGUGUCUUUCUACAGUUAUGUUGGAUAUGCAGACUUGAGACAGAACAUGAGCAAACUUGCUGCUCAUGGAGUUAAAGUGAAAUCAGGAAACCGUCCUCCAUGGGUGCUCAAGGCCAAGGGAAAAUACCUUGCCAGAGAUUCAUUCCGCGCUGCUGAGCGUCUUGGGGUCCCCUAUCAAGGCUCGCCACCUGAUAUUGUUGCCAUCGCAAAGACCGUCUCACCGCUUCGCGCUCUGCACUUUAUCAAGGAGAACUACCCAGAGUCUACCUAUCUCGCGGCAAUUCGAUAUCUAUUCCACAAGAUCUGGCUGCCUCCUCAUGUCAACCUUGCUGAGGACGAGAAGCUCAUUGCAGCUCUCAAGGAAGCGACGGAUGAGCUUGAUGGAGGAACUGGCAAGAAGUUGUUCUCUGAUGAAGAUGUUGAGAAGAUUAUGAACGGAAGAGAGAGUAUGAAGGACAGGGUCAAAGAUCUUACCGGUGAAGCGGUUCAGAAGGGUGCUUUUGGAGCUCCUUGGUUGAUUGUGACCCGCGAGGAUGGCAAGUCUGAGGCUUUCUUUGGAAGUGACAGGUUCAACCAUAUUUAUCGGUUUUUGGGAGUUCCUUUCAAGGAUAUUGAGAUUUUGCCUCCAUCAAAGUUGUGA